UGUCCUUCAGUUCCAGUUCCUUUGAGUUCAAUAAGAAUUGGAACUGAAUCAACAGCACGAUUAGGAUCACGAACAAGCAAAACGAUAACAGCAUAACCUCCACCAAAUUAUUCCAGACACGCAUAUCGGAAACGGCGGAAGCUGGCGCUCCAUCGUUUUUUUUCCGGUCGUUCUAUCGAUCAGAUUCGCCAUUCGAAAAAGAGGGAGACGAACGAUGUAAACUCGUUUUCGCGCACGAGUUUAGGACAUCCAGCUGCCACCGAGUCGCAGCUGCGUUCAAAAGGCAGCCUAAAUAUCGCGAGCGUGGAAGACACGCCGUCAACGAUGUUUCUUCCGAGCGACGCGCGAGGUCGACGCCGGAUGGAAAAAAAACCCGCACCCGCAGGAACGUUGCCGCAAAAGAUGCGGUCCUCGAAGGACGCGAAGGGCAUCGGCGUAAAAAGUUGCGCGAGCAAGUCGCGAGGCCUCCGCGACCGGCGGCUUCUUUCGCGGCGGGAAAAUAAAAUCGUGCGCGACGACGUGAAACACAAGACUCGCUUGUCCGACGAGACGUCCGGCGUCGCCAACAGCGUGGACAACAGCGAUCCCAUUUACAUUUUGCGGAAGGAGAUACACGACUGGAGGGUGUCCGGAGGGCAACUGACGGACGGAUUUGAGCGCGGUUUGCGCCUCACCGAGGACGAAACGGAGAAGAGUUCCGUUCGAGACAACCGCGACCAAGCAAUCGGCAGAGACGUACCAAAUUCAGAUGUUCUCUACGAAUUACCGAGUUCCACCGUCGUUGCUUAUUUGACGCGGCGCACGGAACAUUCGAGUUCUCCGGAAACGUGCAACGACAGAGUCUGCAUCACGACGUCUCCGGGGGAGAUGACUUCCGUUCGCACGUGUUACUGCAAACACGAGGAAGCGGCGCGCAAAAAGGAUAAUGAUAUCAGAAUACACAAUGGGAAUCGACGUCCUGCAACUGUCAUAUCUAAAAAAUCGAUAGUCGCUAGUAAAACUUGGAGUCCCUGCGAGACGAAAAAAGCGAGACGCGUCGCAAACGAGGAAACGUUACAGCCCAGCACGAGUCGAUCCGUGGAAACGGAGCCACCCAAUCUCGUCUUAAGCCCCGAAACGUCAGCCGCGCUCGAAAAUGCCGAGAAAAUUAUUAACAAUGCAAAGAUGCAACUCAUUGAGGUCUGCGCAACGUCGAGCUUCGAUUCCGCACGUCGCAAUAGAAAUACAUAUUUGGACGAGCCGCCGUUGGACGACGAGACAGAGGAGCGGCUGUACGUUCGCCAGCUGGUAGCCUCCAAGUUUCACGAUGCGUGCUCGUCGAGAUUAUCAGAGGUGGCGAAUGGCGAUCGGGCAAGCACCAGCUCGGGGAAGCGCGAUUUUCCCCGUGUCAGCGUACGCAGGGUCGACUUAUCGGCGCCGAAAUUUCGGGUGUCGUGUCGACGGCGCGCCGACUGGUCGUCCCUGGGAUACGGGGGCGACGUUCGGUCGCGUGGCGGACGUGCGUCGCCUACCCGAGUGCCGUCGAGGGACUUGAUCGCGAACGAGAUAACGACGACGACGGCGACGACGGCAACGGCGACGACGACAACGACGACGGCACGCGACGAGCAGCAACGAGAAGAGAACACGUGCAGAAUUCAAAUAGGACCGUCGGUGCACAUCGUGGACCGGGAAUUGACCAGGCAGGACCUCGAGGACGUGCACAUCUCGCCGGAACCGAUCCGGGCGCAGAGCCGCGCGAACACAGCCACUUACACCCUGCGCCACGAAGCCAUUCAGACUGCGGAUAACCGGGCGAACGUCCCAUCGGAAGUGUCAGGGACGCCGAGGACUCGGAGCGUGAGAUUGGACACAAUCUCAUCACCACGAGGCAAACCGAUUAUCGUCGAGGCGGCACCGACGGUCUCUCCCGCCGGAAAGGAUCCGGAGAACGUCGGGAAUUCCGAUUUUGGACAAGUGGACGGACCAGCCGAAUCCCCGAGGGUACGAAAUUACAGGCGGGAGAGGAAGGCUCGCGAGCUCGACCCGCAGAAUGCGGUCGAGAGUCCAACGAACCGCGGAGGCGCGGUUAAAUUCACCGUGAUUGAAACUCCGAGGAGCGAUCGAAAUGGAAAAUCGAGGAACAAAGCGAGAGACGAGGGAAGUGCUGACCGGAACGGCGAAGACAUCGUGGGCAAGAUCCAGAUGGUAGAGAAAGAGAACCGCGGUGAUCGAUCAGGACUGUCGUUUGCCGGCGACACGUCGAGGAAGGCGGGUUUUCCUCGGCGCGAAAGCUCGAGAUUUCCCCGUCGGACGAUCGACGGACACUUGUCGUACACGUUCAAUAGUCACAACGGACAAGACGGGUCGCGCGACGUCGUAGACGACGAAGACAAUUUGGUCGAGAUCGAGUUGUACCGGCCGCGUCUCGGCGACGUGGAUUCAAUUCUGCACACCAACGACAGGAAGAUCGAGCGCGUGGUCCGCGCGACCAGGAAUCUCUCGGAGCUCCUGGCUGGCCCCGAAUUCGCGGUGUACAAGCUGGAUGAAGGAGACGCGGAUCGCGAGAAGCUCGGUGAAAACGCAUCGGCCGAUAAGGAUCGCGAGUAUCCGUUCGCGGUCUCGGGAGAGUCGGGCGGAUCGUCGAUUCCGGAGACUGAACCGAGAAACGAGAACCUCACCGUUUCGGAGACGCGCCAGACCGACGAGGAUCCACGGGGAGGCAACGCGACGGAGGCGAGAUCGUCGACCCGCACGCGGGAGAAUGCGGGUUCUCGCAGCGUUUACUCGGGGAGCUCCGUCGAGUCCAGCAGCGUGUUUCCCGAGUCGGGCGCGAGCGACAGAAGUCCCAGGACAUCUCGCGACAAGGCGGAGAGAUCGGAUUCGCUGUCGCUGGACAGAUCGGACGUGACGACAUUCUCCAACCUGGCGCCUGUGUUGUCCAGCACGCGGACGGACACGACGCAGACGUCUCGACGUCCACGUCGUCGGGAGGGGAAGGUCGCGCGGGAAAACGAGGUUCGCUCUGGGAAGAAGUACACCGACGAUGGGGAUGAUGCUUUCGCGCGGAAGGGCACGUCGCAGGACCGGUUCGUCGCCUACCUCCUGCAGGACGAGAAACGGAGCGUCGAGGGGAAGAUCGCGAGCGCCCUGAAGAGGGCGAUCACGCCCGCGACGGUGCAGAAGCUUCUGGAUCAUCUGCGCGAGGCAGAGACGAUCCGUGAUGACGCGCACCAGACGGAGACCCUGGACAUCCUGAGAAACUUCCUGAUCGGAAGCCAGUCCGACAACGCGAACGACAAGAAAACGUCCUCUCGAAACGUUCCCGAUUCCCUCGAGGGUCGAGGAAACAGGGCGCCGACGGGCGCGAUAAUCGGAUUAACGUCGCGAGAGGAAAACGCGCGGCAAGGGAAAAUCGACGCGGACGGGGUUGUUAAAGAAUCGUACGAGCUCAGAGGUCUCGGCGAAUAUUCGUCCGAUUUUUCCGAGUGUCGCGCGACGAGAGACAGCGUUCGCACCACGGCACGUUGCGAGUCCGCACAAGAGAGUAAUAACGAAAAGGACGCAGGUCGGGGGGAAGGGGCGAAUGCUGCGAAGUGCGUUGCUGGGACGACUGUUGUUCCGAUCGAUGCUAAAGACCAAACGGACAAAGGCGUUAACGAAGACAAUCGGGAUAGGGAGGAGACAAGCUCGCGUAACGCAAAGGAUGAUACGAACGACGCCGGGCAAAUCAUCGACGAAUCUAACGAUCUCGGGAAUCCCGACAAAUAUUUCUCCGUCUCUCCCGCGAUUCCGGAAGCAAGAGAAAGCGCUCGUUCCGCGACUCAUCCCGAAGCUGCUCGAGGCUCCAGGGAUAACAGUAAGGAUAACAGCAAGGGAAACACGUGUUCGGAGACCGAAUCGUUGAAGCAAAUCCCCGAUAUCCGUAGCGACGACGAUGGCAAAAAUCUCGAGGAGAACUCCGAACAUUUGUCUACGAAAAUUGCAUUUGCAGAAGCGAAAGGUGAAUGUAAAGUAGAAGCUACCGAGUUGAUUGCCGAGAACAAAGAGGAUCAUAUAAACAUCGAGAAGCCCGAAGAGGAUAAAUCGCGCGAUGCACAGGCCAAUAAAGAUCAGGCGAGCAAAACUGUCACGAAUAAAAUCGACAAUGUCCCGAAAGAAGUGAUAAAAAAAAUUACAGUAAGUGAAAAAGCGCACGACAGAAUCGCGCCGGCGAACGAAAGGAUAUUAUUUGCGUCCUCGGAAGUCUCGGGGAUGAGGGGCGAACGAAUUUGCACGGAUGCAAGUCUCGUCGGACCGAGGUACGUCGAUGAAAAUCUGACGAAAAGCGACGUUGGUCUCGUGCAAUCGUCAGCGAAGGAGGACGCCGAAUCUUCACGUGGAAUAAAAAUCAAUCCGGAGCAUGCGGUGGCUGAGCAGAGGAUCAGUUCUGCGGACAAUCGCUUGGCCGAUCCUCCGCGAAAUUGCGUUAUGCUGAGUGCAAAAAACGGCGAGUCGCGUAGCAAGCAAAUCUCAUUUGACGUCGCCGGAGAGGCUGACUCGACGGGGAAUACGAGGAACGAGGAAAUUCGGAAGCCGAUGACGUUCCUGGCGGAGGAAAACCGCAGAGAUGGAAAUGAGAUCUCAGAAUCUCGGAAAACUGCGAGAAGCGAUGACGGGCGACAACCGAUGGAUUCGACAGACACAACGCGAAAGAGUAAAAUAAACGUCCUGUCGAGUUCCAAUUCUAGCAUUAGCAGUAUGCUGUUGGAUCACGACGAUAGGUCGAUCAAUGGCAUGUUAAGUGCAAACGUAAGGAAAGUCGGGACAACCUCCGAGACGUCUCAUUCCGAGGGAGAGCUGUACAUGCCGAGCUCGUGUUCGUAUUCCCUCGGUGAAGUGCGCGUUCUGAGGAGGAAACGCGACUUAAUCGAGGAUAAUGCAGUCGAUCGUGACAGCAGCGCGACAGUUCUCGUCACCAGGAGUAUGUUAACGUCCUUGAACGAUUCGACGAUAUCUCUGUUGGAAAGUUCCGGACGCGUUUAGAACGAGUUGGAUUUUUUGACGCGACGUGUGACACUUUGGCUUAUCACGAGUCGCUUUGAUCUCCUCUCCAUUUUUACUUUGUGAUUUUUACUCGUAAUAACGAGCAGAGUUAACAUUACGUAUCGCAAGCGUUCAGCCUUUCCGUAUAGCAAGCGACAAAGCAUGCCUGCGAUAUUGUUGAAAUAUUUCAUGCUUUAUGGAUGAUCGUGUUUCCGUAAUAUUAUAUCAUUGAAGUGGUCCCGUAAUAUAUCAUUGAAGUGUAAUCUGCGUUACAACGUUGCCGCAGUAUUGAAAUGUAUUUCGUUAUACAGGAUAUUUUUUCAUCGCUUUCGCAAGGUUUUUAAUUAUUUUUUUUGUUUUUGUUUUUUUUUUAAUGCAAAAGGACCCGAAGUGACAUAUUGUAUUAAGGAAAAUAUUUUGUCGCAAUAGCAAAUAACUUGAUUAAAAUGUAUCGAACAGAAACGUCAGUUAGUGUAA